GAGCCCAUCGUUCGGGACGUCUUUAAGGACGUUCACAUACAGACGAAGCAUUGAUACCACAUAUUAAGGACAUCUAGGCUAUGUGUAGCCUACAAUGCUGCAAAUCAAUGAGACCGAAGGAUCAGUUCUGUAAUUUAAAGAUAUAAAAACAAUAACAGCACUAUACAUUACGACACUGUCAAGCGGUGUACAGUUUGCAGAAUCUGCCCGAAAUCGUUCAGCCCGUAGCUAUAUUAUAGGGAAAUCUUUAUUUUGUCCCAUUUUACCUUGUAGCGAAGAUUCUACGGGGAUUGACGCUGCAGACUUCGCGUGGGACGUUUCUAUUUGAUCUCUGCGGGUUAUUCUCCCCUCCGAAGACCACGGAUUACUUCUGUUCGCGGAUAAAUGGAUAUGGAAUAAUAAUAAAAACACGUCGACGAGAUGACCAUGCUUUGAACCGCGGUGCUGCAUAAACUAUAACUUGUCUGGGGGGGUUGACAGUUUCGCUUCGAAAUGGAUGAGUUUCAUCCGUUCAUCGAGGCCCUUCUGCCGCAUGUGCGUGCCUUCGCCUACACCUGGUUCAACCUGCAGGCGCGCAAACGCAAGUACUUCAAGAAGCACGAGAAAAGGAUGACUAAGGACGAAGAGCGGGCGGUGAAGGACGAGCUGCUGGGAGAGAAGCCCGAGGUCAAGCAGAAGUGGGCGUCGCGUCUGCUGGCCAAACUGCGCAAGGACAUCCGGCCUGAGUGCCGCGAGGACUUUGUGCUGUCCAUCACAGGGAAGAAGCCCCCCUGCUGCGUCCUCUCUAACCCUGACCAGAAGGGCAAGAUGAGGAGGAUCGACUGCCUGCGUCAGGCCGACAAGGUGUGGAGGCUGGACCUGGUUAUGGUCAUCCUGUUCAAGGGCAUCCCGCUGGAGAGCACGGACGGAGAGCGCCUGGUCAAGGCUGGGCCAUGCAACAACCCCAUCCUCUGUGUCCAGCCACACCACAUCAGCGUCUCGGUCAAGGAGCUGGACCUCUACCUGGCCUACUUCGUACAGGAGAGAGAGUCAGAGCAGAGCAGUAGCCCACGCACAGGUAUUGGGUCAGAUCAGGAGGAUAGCCGAGCUGCCACCAUGGAUGCUCCUGAGUUUCAGGAAAGCUUUGUGACGUCAGGAGUUUUUAAUGUAACAGAGCUGGUGCAAGUGUCCAGAACUCCGGUGGUGACCGGGGCAGGCCCUAACUUCUCCCUGGGGGAGCUGCAGGGGCACCUGGCCUACGACCUCAACCCCUCAGGGGUGGGCAUGAGGAGAACCCUGCCCAGCACCUCCUCCAGCGGGAGUAAGAGGCACAAGUCGGGCUCCAUGGAGGAUGAUGUGGACACCAGUCCUGGAGGGGAGUACUACACCUCUCCCAACUCCCCGGCUAGCAGCUCCCGCAACUGGCAGGAAGACCUGGAAGGAGGCAUGUCCCCUGGAGUAAAGAAGACAGAGAUGGACAGCCCGUCUCCUCAGGAGAGCUCCCCACGUCUCGGCUUCACACAGCACCACCGGCCCGUCAUCGCAGUGCACAGUGGGAUCUCUCGGAGUCCGCACCCUUCCUCGUCUUUGCACUUCCCCACCACCUCCAUCCUGCCCCAGUCCACCUCCUACUUCCCCCACACCGCCAUCCGCUACCCGCCACACCUCAGCUCCCAAGACCCGCUGAAGGACCUGGUCUCCCUGGCCUGUGACCCGUCCAACCAGCAGCCCAGCCCAGUGAGUCCAGCCCAUCUAACAACUCUAACUAGGGCCCCGAGUUUGUCCUGGUCAGGUCAUUUGCUGAAUGGCAGUGGUCAAGUGAAGUUGCCCAGUCACUACAUCUCCUCCCAGAUGCUGGCGCCCCCUCCGCCCCCCGGAAUGCCCCGUCUGACGCUGCCCUCCGACUCCAAGUCCAGCACCACCACCUCGGACGGGGGAGCCAACUCCCCAACGUCACCCACAUACUCAGCUCCAGGGACGCCCCCUGCCAACCGCCCCUUUGUAGGUAUUGGACCUCGAGACCCUGGCGGACUCUACCAGGCACAGUCCUGGUACCUGGGGAACUAAACAACACAAGGAUAAGCGAAAAGGGCAUGGACACGUGGAUUUGAGAUUCAACACUUUUUGUGGAAUUAAGAAAAAA